GGAGCCCCCACCCGGAGCCACCAGGAGGACUUGGCCCUGCGGACGCUGCGAUGUCAGAUCCUGGGGAGCUGACGGAGCAUCUGAUGGUGACGCCCAGCUGUGAAGUGUUCACUCUUCACAGGCAUUCAGUCCCUGAGCUACCCAGUCCUCCCGACAACGCCUGUGGUUUCUUUCUGCCCCAAUUGUUCCAUCUUCCCUGGAGACAUGUCCCCCAGGAAUAUAAGCAGCCCAGUGUCCUGCAACGACAGUAGGGCCUGGGAGUUCUUUGACCCCAAGGACUUGAAUUUGACUGACAAGGAGCUGAGACUCAAGUACCUGGGGCCCCAGCAGACGGAGCUGUUCGUGCCCAUCUGUGUCACCUACCUGGUGAUUUUCGUGGUGGGCACCCUGGGCAACGGGCUGACCUGCACGGUCAUCCUGCGCCACAAGGCCAUGCGCACGCCCACCAACUACUACCUCUUCAGCCUCGCCGUGUCGGACCUGCUGGUGCUGCUGGUGGGCCUGCCCCUGGAGCUCUACGAGAUGUGGUGUAACUACCCCUUCCUGCUGGGUGCUGGCGGCUGCUACUUCCGCACGCUGCUCUUCGAGACCGUCUGCCUGGCCUCCGUGCUCAAUGUCACCGCCCUGAGCGUGGAGCGCUACGUGGCCGUGGUGCACCCACUGCAGGUCCGGUCCACGAUGACUCGGACCCACGUGCGCCGCGUGCUCGGGGCCAUCUGGGGCCUUGCCGUGCUCUUCUCCCUGCCCAACACCAGCCUGCACGGCAUCCAGCAGCUGGUGGUGCCCUGCCGGGGCACGGUGCCCGGCUCGGCUAUGUGCAUGCUGGUCCGCCCAAAGACCCUCUACAACCUGGUCAUCCAGAUCACCACUCUGUUCUUCUUCUGCCUGCCCAUGGCCAUCAUCAGCGUGCUCUACCUGCUCAUCGGGCUGCGGCUGCGGCGUGAGAAGCUGCUGCUGCUCAGGCAGAGGGCCCAGGGCAGGGCCAGGGCCAGGGACAGCCGCAAGCUCCAGUCACCACAGGACAGGAGUCGGACACAGGUGACCAAGAUGCUGUUCGUGCUGGUCCUGGUGUUCGGCGUCUGCUGGGCCCUGUUCCACAUCGACCGCCUCAUGUGGAGCUUCGUGUCCGAGUGGACCGACGGCCUGCACCUGGCCUUCAAGUACGUGCACGUCGUCUCCGGCGUCUUCUUCUACCUCGGCUCGGCCGCCAACCCCGUGCUCUACAGCCUCAUGUCCACCCGCUUCCAGGACACCUUCUGGGAAGCCCUGUGCUUGGGGGCCUGGUGCCGCCGCCGCAGACUCCGCGGCAGCUCCCACAGCCUCAGUGGGGUGAGCACGGCCAGCACCUGUGACGUGGGCUUCCUGCGUGCGCAGCAGGCCCCCGCUCUGGCGGAGAACUGUGGCCCUGGGGGGCAGCGAGGGACGGACCCCCUCCGUAGAGCAGCCUCAAAGCAGCUUCGCCUGGAGGAGCCGGGGGGGCCGUGUGCCGCUUUGAGAGCCACGCCUGCCCUCCUCUGCAGGGAUGUCUUCAUGUCCGUCCCCCUGUGUGCCCCGUCCCCCCUGCAGCCACCUCAGUGACUGCCGCCUCCCCCACGUACCAGGAGCUCUGCCCUGCAGACCCCCAGGGAAAGGCCUCCCCUGCAGGACCACCGCAGUGCGUCCACUGGCACCGCAAGGCUUCAUCCGGGACACCUGCACUCCCGCCACCGGUUUCUGAAACCUUUUCCCCCCAGGGCCCUGCCUCUCCUUUGCAUUUGUCGUCCCUGUCUAGCCUCCGGCCUCCACCUGGGACCCUUCUCUUCCCUGACC